AUGAUUAAAUUAGAAGCUCACACAUUUCAUAACAAAAAUGUAUCUCAACCUAUGUUGAUAUAAGAUAAAUCUCCUAUUGAUAUAGUAAGGCAAAAGAAAAUUAUUUUCAGGAGAGAAUAGAUCAAUGAUGAUUCCAACUUCUUUAUUCAAACUGAAGAUUCAUAAGAAAUCAUCUCUAUCAAACCAGACAAUCCAGAUUUCGUUAUGAAUCAUUUCACCAAGAUAGCCCUUUCUGAUGACAUCUCAGAUUUCUAGGCUUUGGAAUUCCAUGACAGAGCUGCAAAAUUAUUAGAAUUUUAUACUUUAAAUUAAAUAUAAGUUUAAUACACAUCUGUUCUAUUCUCCAAAAUUAAUUACGCUAUUAUGCUUAAGAGAUACGCAGCUUAUGAAGAAUCCUUAGGUUUACUCUUAGAAUGUGAACAGAUUCUCAAAAUUAAGGGCAAAACCUUAAAAAAAGGAACCUUUGAUGCUAUACAAAUGGCUAAGAUCAUACAAAAUAAACUACUUAGAUUAAGAGUAAUGUUUUAAAUUACAUUGUUAUUUUCUGAAACCAAAAGAAACAAGUAGGCUUUAGACAUAGCAAAAGAUGCAGUUAAAGUACUAAGGAGUAUUCUUUAGUCUACAAUCAAAUUAUGUUAACAAAUAACUCUAUUUAACAAUGUGAAUAAAAAAUAAAGAGCAAAUUCAGAAAUCAAUUCUCCCAACUUCAAGAAUUCUAUAUCACUGCAGUGUUAGCCUUAAUAAUAAUCAUAGCCUUAGAAUUUGAGCUAUCCAUAAAUAGUGGAAAUUGUAUUUAAGGAGAUUUUGAAUUCAAUAAGGAGUGUAAUACCUUAUGAUGAUAAGUCGAAUGAAGGGGGUAGUUAAAAUAACCUGCUAGUGCGAAAUCAUCAGAAUAGGAGUCAAUCUCUAUUUACAACUGAACAGAUAUUUCAGACUCAAGCGAAUAAUUAAUAAAAUAAAUUAUUCAGUGUUAUUGAUGAUCAGCAUCCUUUGUUAUAAAUGUAAAUUUUGGGAUUGAUGCAAUUAACAUAUGUAGAUUUGGAAGAAUUAUUCCCCAUCAAUAGUUAUGAAAUGGUUAUAGCGGAAGAAGUAAUCUUAGAGUUGAUUAUGUUAACUGGCUUAAGUUUUUAUAGUAUAUCAACUGAAUUAAGAUUCCUGAAUCUUCAACAAAAUAAAAUGAACAUUGAAAUCUGGUUGGGAAAGGCCUUGGAGAUAUUUUAUACAUUUGUUCCUCAUUCAAGUUCAAUCUUCACUCAGAUCUAUUAGGUCUAUCGAAAACUCUAUGGUGUGGAUAAGCAAUCAAUUCCUGAAGAUGAAGAAGUUGAGUAUCACACCAAGUUGUUGAAGCCUCAUGCCUUUAACAAUAGGGCUACACUAUCGAAUCAGCUUGUAAUCGUCGUCAAAGUCCCUAUUUUACAUAAGUCAACAUAAGACCCACAUAAGAUGCCACAACAGACAAAUGCAACAAUUACGAAACUGUAACAAACUCUGACAGCCAAAAAGCAAAUACUCUAUCCACAAAAGCAUUCUGUCACUCAAUAGGAAGCUGAAAAGAAGUUUGAAACAUAAUAAGAGGAACUAGUGAUCUCUCCCAAAUAACAAUAACAACUUUUUAUUAAGAAGUAUAAAAUUCUAUAACCUUAAUUGGAUAUAAAACAAAGAGUAGAUAUACUAAUGAAUUAAAUUUUAACUUAGUAGUCUAAACUCACUUAAGAAAAGUUAAAAUAGAAACACACUCCUAUAACUACUCUAAAGUAGAAGUAUCACGUCAGCACAAAGAUUUAUGAUGAACCAAAAUAAGUGACUCUCACGAAUUCAUAAUAAUUAAAAACUGCAAUUCCAGUUAGUAGAUCAUUGUCUAAUUCUCGUAAAGCUAGUUAAGUUCAUCUCAAAGGUUAAAAUAACAACAGUGCAAAGACUGCCUAAUUAAGAUAUCGAAAUUAGAUAAAUACUCUGCCUGGUGAUGAACCUUCAAAAUAAAUUGCUUAAUAGAUUUCUACUCAAGUUGCUAGUUUAAAUCGACAAUCCAAUGUAUUUUGUCUCUUUAUUUAGAAAUACUUCCUACUGAAACGGACUGAUUCUGCCAAGAAAUCAAAAAUUCCAUUUCAAUAACGUUGA